AUGGGCAAGAAGUCUACCAGGUACGAAGGGAGAUCGGAAAAGUGGGAUCCCAAGAAGCUUGCUACCAGGCUCAGAAGUUACAAAAAGGCAAACACUAUCUUGAAGCGAUGGGACAAAAAAUCAGAAGGGCAAAAGAAAUUCUGUGGGAUCUCUUGUACACCGCUCCUGGAGUUGCCCAUUCCACUCGAUGCUGAAAAGUUGACUACAAAAGUCAUCUUGAAGAAGGUGUGUGACAUGAGCGGCAAGAAAAAUAGGAAGUCGAACAAUGUGGUUCCGAAUAUUUUGCUGAUAGACUGA